CAGCCAUCAAUACCUCUUGUUAGACUUGUUUCCAUUCAACUAUUUCUAUAGAAGGGAUGCAGCCUUAUUCAGUCAGCGUUUUAUUCAGUCAAAGUCUACGUCAGGGAUUUUGCAUCUGCCAUUUAUGUUUUUGGAGACCAGGGAGAGGUCUUCGCUAAGAAAUUGACCAUCCAUGUAGUUUUGUUUCUCAGAUGUUGAUUAAGUCUAAGUUCAGUUAGUGUAAAGCAAGUGGUCUGCACGGACUUAAGGAGAGCAACGAGGUUCAGGAGUCUGAAACCCUGGAUGAGCAGCGCAUCUGUCUGGAGAUUGGUGGAUAGGAGGAGGAAGCAGCUGUGGAGAUGACAGACAUUGGGGGAGAGGACAACCAAGGAGUUGGGUCUGCUGACAAGAAGCUGACAGCCGAUAACCAUGGACCGGAUCGCCGGAGCAGCGUCCAAAGGGGCCUCGGCACCUCAACGCUGUAUGAGCGGCAGGGCUCCUUAUCUCUGGGGGACGGGUUUGAGGACCUUGAGGAAUUUGUUUUGGAUUUUGAUGAUUAUGACCUUCUUGAGUCCAUCCACAGCCAACUGGGGUCCCCCGUCGAACCCAUCCGUCACAGAUUUGAGGACAACCCGGGCGUACGGCGCCAUCUGGUGAAGAAGUCCUCUCGAUGUCAGAUGUCACGGUCAAGCAUGAGCUCCACACCGUUAUCCAGCAUAAAGAAGAAGAAGAGGGGAGGAGUUAAGAAAACGCAUGAGUUAUUUGUUGAGCUCAAUGAGCUGAUUGUGGAGAAGGACCAUGAAAUGCGCUGGAAGGAGCGAGCACGUUGGAUCAAGUUUGAGGAAGAUGUGGAGGAGGAAACAGACCGUUGGGGCAAACCUCAUGUAGCUUCCCUGUCGUUCCGCAGCCUGCUGGAGCUCCGCCGCACCAUCACGCAUGGUGCCAUCCUUCUGGAUCUUGAGCAGAGCACUCUGCCUGGCAUUGUCCAUCUGGUGGUGGAGACCAUGAUCAUCUCCGACCAGAUCAGAGCAGAGGACAGGCCGAGUGUCCUUCGCGCGUUGCUUCUCAAGCACAGCCAUCCAAGUGACCUGAAGCAUCGUUUCCACCGCCACCAGUCGUCGGCUAGUCUUCAUGGCAGCUUUAACCACAACCAUGUCCAGGAGACCAACCUGCCCUUGGUGGCUGAAGAGCACGAUGAGCACCAUGACAACAAAGGGCCGAUCUAUGACCCCAAGCAGGACGUGUUCGUCAGCCUCUUUAAAUCUCUCCAUCCUCUGCCGCCGGAGCAUCAUCCAGCUGCAGCCAGAUCCAUGAAGCUGCUUGCCAAAAUUCCUAAAGAUGCUGAAGCUGUCAUUGUUUUAGUUGGCUGUGUUGAGUUCCUGGAGCAGCCUGCCAUGGCCUUCGUCCGGCUGAGUGAGGCCGUCCUUCUGGAAUCUGUGCUGGAGGUUCCUGUCCCCGUUCGCUUUAUAUUUGUCCUCCUCGGUCCCAGCCAGUCUAAUGUGGACUAUCAUGAGAUUGGGCGAUCGUUCGCCACUCUAAUGUCUGACAAGAACUUCCAUGAGGUGGCCUACUUUGCAGAUGACAGACAGGACCUCCUGAGUGGUAUCAAUGAGUUCCUGGACUGCAGCAUCGUCAUCCCACCUUCAGACGUGGAGGGCAAAGACCUCCUGAAGACAGUGGCAGAUUUCCAGAAGCAACUUUUGCGGAAGAGGAAGGAUCGAGAAGGCAAGAUGCACCAGUCCAUGUACGGAGCGGAGCAAGACAACAAAGCAGAGGUGAGUCCAGAGGAGGAGGAGGAAGCCGAACAGGAGGUGGACCCGUUAAAGCGCUCAGGAGUCCCGUUUGGAGGCCUCAUCCACGACAUCCGCAGACGCUAUCCCCUUUAUGUCAGCGAUUUAAAAGACGCCCUGGACAUGCAAUGUGUUGCUGCCGUCAUCUUCAUCUACUUUGCUGCUCUUUCCCCCACCAUAACAUUCGGAGGCCUGCUGGGAGAGAAAACCGAUGGCUUGAUGGGGGUGACUGAGCUCAUUGUUUCCACGGCAACCCUAGGAGUUAUCUUCUCCUUGCUGGCCGGUCAGCCACUGCUCAUCAUCGGUUUCUCUGGACCUUUGCUGGUAUUUGAGGAAGCCUUUUACAAGUUCUGUCAGGCGUACAACUUUGAGUACCUGACCGGUCGAGUUUGGAUCGGUUUCUGGCUCAUCUUCAUCGUCCUGGUGAUCGUGGCUGCUGAAGGAAGUUUUCUUGUCCGCUACAUUUCUCCUUUCACGCAGGAGAUUUUUGCUUUUCUCAUCUCUCUCAUCUUUAUUUAUGAGACUUUCUCUAAGCUUAUCAAGGUGUUUAAGGAACAUCCACUGAUGACAGUUUACCCCUCAGACUCCAACUUAGAUGGAGGUUUUAACAGUUUGGAUGGUUCAAUCCUCAAUCAGCCCAACACUGCUCUCCUGUCUCUGGUUCUCAUGAUGGGGACCUUCUUUGUUGCGUUUUUCCUCAGGAAGUUCAGAAACAGUCGCUUUUUGGGUGGAAAGGCCAGAAGAAUUAUCGGAGACUUUGGGAUUCCAAUUUCUAUCCUACUAUCUGUGCUGGUGGACGUCUCCAUUCCUGAUACCUACACUCGGAAACUCAACGUGCCAUCUGGAUUUUCCGUCACGUCUCCUGACAAGAGAGGUUGGCUGAUCAGCCCAUUCGGAGACAAGCAGCCGUUUCCUACCUGGAUGAUGGGAGCCUCUGUUGUCCCGGCUCUUCUUGUCUUCAUUCUCAUUUUCAUGGAAACUCAAAUCACUUCAUUGAUCGUCAGUAAGAAGGAGCGCCGUCUCAUGAAAGGUUCUGGCUUCCACCUGGACCUCCUGCUCAUCGUUGUCCUCGGCGCCAUCUGUCCGCUCUUUGGCCUGCCGUGGCUCACCGCAGCCACCGUUCGAUCUGUCACUCAUGUCAACGCGCUCACCGUCAUGAGCAAGGCCACGGCUCCUGGAGAAAAGCCCAUGAUCCAGGAGGUGAAGGAGCAGAGGCUGACUGGGCUUCUCGUAGCGGUGCUUGUCGGUAUGUCGAUGGUGAUGACUGAUGUCCUGCGCCACAUCCCUCUGGCUGUCCUCUUUGGGAUCUUCCUCUACAUGGGGGUCACGUCCCUGACUGGCAUCCAGCUGUACGAACGCAUCACUCUCAUGGUCACUCCAGCCAAGCAUCACCCUGACCACGUCUACGUCACUAAGGUGAAGACAUGGCGGAUGAACAUGUUCACCAUCAUCCAGCUGGCGUGCAUCGUGGCUCUGUGGGUGGUCAAGUCAACGGUGGCCUCCCUGGCAUUCCCCUUCAUCCUCAUCAUGACAGUGCCGCUGCGCCGCCUGAUCCUCUCCAGGAUUUUUGAGGAACGUGAGCUUCAGGCGCUGGACUGCGACGAAGACUCUCCCAACUUUGAUGAGGAUGGACGAGACGAGUACAACGAGAUCCACAUGCUUGUAUGAAUCUAAAGCGGAACCUAAUGAUAAGAACCUUCUUUGUCCUCCAGCUCCGAUGGAUCAAAGCACAAAGCCUUUCUGGAAAACGCAGUCGAACUCAGAGUUCGACAGUUUCAUUUAUUCCAUUUUGUAAAAAUCAGCACGGUUGUGAUGCCGCUCUGUUAAUCUCCAUGAAGAUUUACUUAGAAGUGGAUAGUAGUGGUCUGUGCGUACCUGAAAUGGACAUUCUUGUAAAAAUUGGAAUCGUUUGUUUCCCUUUAAUUACUCUGCAGGUUUGGGGAAUAAGUGCCAUGAUAAUGAUGAAGUCUAACACAGCAGUGGGCUGGUGGGGGGUUCAGAGUGUGAAAAAAAACAAAAAACAGAAAAUGCAUCCUCUUUUGCUCUUUUUAAACAGUUUUUCUUUAGAAUAUAUUUUUUUGUAAAAUGACCCACAUACUAAAUUCAGAGCUGCCUGUAGUUGCACUGCCUUUUCCUCUGUACUGCCGUUAUCUUUAAGCUGUAAAUACAGUUCAGUUCAUUUGUGCUUCUUGCUUUCUGCACAGACUUUUAGAAACGAGCACUUUGAUUGCUGCCAGCUGAGCCUCCUGGCACAUUAUUUGUCUUUAAAUGUAGAUUUCUGUUUGAACUGUAGAGAAAACUGUGCAGCAGGUGGUUCUUUACUGUAAACCCCUAGUUGUCCGACCCCUUAACAUAUAAAUAUAUAGAUAAUAUGUGCCCAACCUUUAUUUUUAUACUUUAUAUUUAUAUUUUAGUGAUUUUAACUUCAUUAACUUGAUGCUCUGCAAGAUUCUCAGUGCUGUUUAGACUUUGAAUAGUAAACUGAUAACUAUCAGUUUCUGAAUCCUUUCUUUGAAGCCGUAUGAAUGUUAGAGCUGUGCUUUACCAACGUCUAAAGUUGCAAAGUUUGGAUUUGCACGGAGGGUUUUCUACGUUUUUAGUUGGAAAGCCUUUAUAUUCUUCUGUUUUGUUCUUUGAUCACAAAUGCUUUAAAGCUGUGGGCAAAGAUCAGAAAUCAGCAGUACAACAGCCUCUUAAACAGAUUGUGGUAUGAUGAGAGCUGUAUCCAAUCAAAGAUCAGUGAUUGCAGCCUAAAUCUGACUUUUAUAUUAUUGCCAAAUGAGCCAAAGUGAGCCCUACCUAGCAAAGAGUCGGGUUGGAGAACAGACUGAACCUUUAUGCUUAAUCAUUGGAGUAAAAAAUAUAUUUAUUUAAGUUGCAUCCAGACACUAAAGAAUUUUCUAAAGGUGGCAAAUUUUCUUAGGAUCUACUGUUGCUUUACAUCCAAAUAUUUCUGAUUGGCAGUAAAACUUGUAUUGAUUGUCUCUCCACAUACUGUUUUUUAAAUAAAAAUUAGACUUUUGGGCAAACAAUCCAGAUCCUGUGACGCAAUGCUUCUAUUGGUCUCUAUUGGAUUUUACUCAAAGUAAUUCCACUGCCAGAACCAGCAACUCUUCGGCCUGAAGUUUUAGCUACAGGAUUACCUGAUAGUUACUGGCUCAAAGUAAAGAAAAAUAAAAAAAGCAAUAACUUUUAAUUUAUCAAUCUUCUGUAUCCUACUUGACAACUACCUGUUAGCCAAAUUAUUUAUUAAUUUAUAUGUUAGCAUUUUUGCCUAUAGUUGCAUAUAAGUUAAUGUUAGACUUUCAGAAAAUAUUAGCAUGUUUGGUAAUGUCAGUAUACCAUAAUAUACUAUCAAUAGAUUAAUGUGUGAUCUAAGACUAGCUCCCUAGUUUAUGUUAAAAAAAGGAGAAACUUACUGUAGGUAACAAUGUCAAUAUAGAAGAUAAAUUAAAAUAAUAACUUAAACAUGUCAAAUCAGAAACUGGUUAAAAUUCUUCUUAUUUUUUUGGGGCAAUUCUUGAUUCUCUGUGCAGUUAUUAAUCUAAAAUAAUGGUUUAAGGUUCUAGAUUGAAUGAUUCUAUUCAAAAAUAUUUAAGUAUUUUUUAAUCAAAGAUAAAUAAUAGCUAACGUUAUUAACUACUAGUUAAAGUUUUGAUAUAAUAAUUAGCAUGAGGUCCAAGAGGACCAAGGGGUAACAGAUGAUUAAUUUGGACAGGCUAAAUAACAGGGAUUUAAUUGCU